UUCGCGGAAGGGCCACCCAGGACCGGAAAUGCCCAUAUUUGGCAGGUCAGGUAAGUCAUUUACCUUGGCCUCCUCCCUCAUUCAACGCGCAGACUGAGAUAAUCCCCCGCUCCAACUUUUCUCAUUUUUCUGUCGUCGCCACCAAGGAAAAAGGCGACCAUGACUCAAGUGAAAAGCUGCGUGAAGAUUAGCUUGAUUGUGUCCAACGUUUUCUUCGCAAUUGUAGGGGGCGCCAUUAUCUGCCUGGCGCUGCUGGUGGAGGCGGUCACACGCUCCAAUGAUGCAUCGCUCGAGGGCCGCUACACCGGCCUGAUCUUGCUGUAUGUGGUGGGCACUGUUACUAUGGCAAUCGCCGCCGUGGGCGCGUACGGCGCGCACCGCCAGAGUCUACCCGCGCUCAUCGUGUUCCUGGUGUGUAUGGUGAUUGGCACACUGAUGAUGUUGCGCGUUGGCAUCUCCCUGGCGGCCGUGCGUCCCGAGUUGGAGGGCGUGAUGUCGGACAAGUUUCGCCAGCUGCUGCCGUUGGACGAAGCCAACGAGAAGACCAAGAAAAUCACCAACGUCAUUCAGGAAACGCUGCAGUGCUGCGGCGUGUUCAGCUCGGACGACUGGCGCCAGGAGCUUCCGGACUCGUGCUUGUGCGACGAGCCGGCGGAGGGCAAAUGUCGCGACGUCGGUUACAACUUCAUGAUGCUCCAGAUGAAGAAGUCCGUCUUCCGCCAGCCGUGCUUCCCAAUCAUGGUCCACUUCGUCCUCUUGACCUUUGACAUCGUGAUGGGGAUGGCCUUCGUGUUGGCCACCUUGGCGCUGCUGGGUCUGACGCUGUCGUCAGUCCUCAUCAGUCAGUUGCAUGCGGGCGCGCGCCCUGCCGUGCUGCUGGUGCCCGCCCUCUUCAAGCCGGCGCCCCCCAAGUACCAGGAGCUGCGGGACGCGCCCAUGUAGUAGGGCGCGGCGCCACCCUCUGCUCGGAGGCUGUCGCUGCAGUGUUCCUCUGCUGUUUGUUACGAAUAAAACCGCACUCCCGCUUUCUGUCACUUUUAAUAUUUGCAAAGACGACUAACUCAAGUUGAAAGUCGUGUUGCGUCCCAAAUAAAAACCACCACUGUGACAACAUUCAAGAUUUGUUGAGUCGAUCCCAGUCAAGCACUCGCCUUACUUGUCCGAGCAUCCUUGUAUCCUGGUCAUUUGUGUUGCCAUUUUUUUCGGGCGUGAGAAUUGUCACUUGGCCGGCCAUUUCUUUGUCUGCCAAAGUACACAUUACACAGAUGACUUCUUUGAUAAGCAUUUAUUGAACAAAAGUUAAUUGUAUCAAAUCAAACGAAGCUCAUUACAGAGUCAACAUGCACAGUUACUUUUGCGCUCACAUGUUAAACAUGAGGAAUGUUUCCUCACGGCUUCAACCUCAGCACGCCGCCAUCUUACAAUGAAGCCACCACCACCACCACCACCAUGAACACGCAUCAAACGGGAAGUGAUGUCAUGUGGCCGUCAACUCCCAAUUAGACAGGAAACGCUCGCAUGUUUCCUGCUACUUGGACUCUCUCAACUUCCCCUCAUCCUUAGCGGACCACAGACGUGUGCGUGCGUUAGCCAGACGAGCAGCAUCCCCCGGUGGGCGUGGCCUGGGGCUCGUCGUCAACAAUCUGUACGCCUCGCCGACCGGAUACCGAUUGGCCGCCGACGUUUCCUUUCGACCGCUCCUCGGCCUGGGCCGCCUCCAUCAUUCCUGCGUGAACGCACGUCACGUGACCCGUCGCCACGACUCACAUGCACACGACGACUCACAACACGUCCAUUUCGUACACAUGAUUUGGUUGCCCCGUGUGUGCCGUCAAAGUUGAACGUAAUCAAUGAGAGCGAAGGAAAAAUGCCUUCUUACUUUUACACAAGUCCAAGUAGAGCUCCUCGAUGCCUUUGUUGAGCUUGGCGGACGUCUGGUAGUGUUUGGCCCCCACCGACGUCGCGUAACUAUGACGACAACAAACGCGUGAAGACGACGACGCACGGGCUGCGGCCGCAACGAUGUCAGCGCUCACCUUUCCGCCUCCUCCGUAGAGACGUUCCUGUCUUUGUCCAAAUCGAUUUUAUUACCUGCGCGACAUUUUGGUGAAGUCAGAGGUUAAAAAAAAACAAAAAACUUUCCGGGUCCGGGAGACCUUUUUUCUGGGGACCCCCAUAAUCCGAACACCAAUGAAACGUAGCCAAGCCAUUCGAACUAAACAAUUUCAUAUUUUCAGGAAAAAAGCUUGUAAUAUUACAACUGUAAAGAAUAAUAUUCCCACUUGGCACUAAUUGUACAAAUGUUGCAAUAUUGAAUACUGAAGCAUAAUUAGACUAUUUAUUGCUUUGCACUGACCAACAUGCAACAUUGAAUACUUAGUUUGGAUUGAGAUCUUUUAAUAACGCAUCAGUUCUGCUCUUUGUAUUUUGGUUUUUGCGACAUUCUUAAUACACGAGUAUGUGUGUGAAUAUUUCUCCUGUGACAAUUUCAUUUCCCCUCACAGGAUGAAUAAAGCAUCCAUGUA